AUGGCCAUGGAUGAAGAUGCCCCAGUUUCUAGUCAAAUUCCUCAGGAACCUCCUAUUGGGCUUACCAUCAAGAUUUCAACUUCUUGCAGCAAAACUGGUAAAGGCAUCUCAAAUCCCCAUGCUCCUUCAAAUUCAGAUUUGCCUUCUCCAAACUUAAAGAACUCGAUUGAAUCAUCUCCAUACAACUCUCCUUCUCUUGUUUCUCCACCAUCUUCAGCAUUUGUUUCAGCCCUGCAAUCACCAUACAUAUCACCUAGAGCUAUAACCCCAAAACCUACUCCACCAGAGAAUUCAACAACAGUCACCCACCCAUCGCCGCCGGUCUCAUCAUAUCGAGGCUCACAAUCAGAUGACAUACCAAGCAGCUCCUACACUCCCCCAUCGGACCAAUAUGAAUAUUCUGAUGACCCAGCUGAUGCAAAGCUCAAGUAUGUGACCUGUGUUCCAGUAUCAGAUCCUGCUCCACCACGCAUCUCCUUCUCAUUUCCUGUCCCUCGUAUUUCUUUCAAAGGGGCUGUUUCUCCUGCUUCCAACGCCAAACUUAGAAGCUGUGAUGUUUACAUUGGUUUCCAUGGCCAGAAUCCUAAUCUUAUUCGUCUCUGUAAAUGGCUUAAAUCUGAACUAGAGCUUCAGGGAAUUGCAUGCUUUGUUGCGGAUAGAUCCAAAUACUCGGAUCAAAACCACGAAAUUGCAGACAGAGUCAUCUGCUCAGUCGCUUAUGGAAUUGUGGUGGUGACGAACUCUAGCUUCCUUAACCACCUGAGCUUAGAGGAGAUUAGAUUUUUUGCUCAGAAGAAGAACUUGAUUCCAAUUUUCUUUGGCACAGAGCUUGCAGAAAUCACGGGCCUUCUCUACUGCAAUUCAAUUGAUAUAGAGUGUAAAGAAGCAAUUGGACUAUUGAAGUCUCAAGAGUUCAAGCUGGAAGCCAAUGAGGGUAACUGGAGGAGCAGUGUAGCAAAAGCUGCUGGACUCUUAAGAGCUAAACUUGGGCGAAAGAGUGUGGCUGAGAAAGAAGAAAUAGAAAAAUUUGAGGAGCUUCCAUUCCCACGAAACAAAUAUUUUGUAGGUCGAGAGAAGGAGAUCAUGGAGAUUGAAACAGCCUUAUUUGGCUGUGGGGAUACUCUUGAAGAAAAGUACUCAAUUCCAAUGGUACAAGGAGAAUCCAGUGGGCAAUCUGAAGGCCUUGGAAAUGAUGAAAGCGAGACAGUCACCAGCCAAGGGGGGAGAUAUAUUAAUUUGGAACUGGGAGGCAAGUGCAAAGAACCAGCAUUGGAGGCUUGGGUGGAACCAGUUGUGGGAAGAAAUUCCUGGAAGAGGUCAAAAUACAAGAAAUCAAAAAGUGGGAAUUACAAAUGCCUGGGUAGCAGCAGUGUCUUCUGCAUAAAUGGCGUUGCAGGCAUUGGAAAGACAGAGCUUGCACUUGAAUUUGCUUAUAGGCAUUCUCAGAGAUAUAAAAUGAUUUUGUGGGUUUGUGGCGAAGCUCGGUAUUUCAGGCAGAACAUACUAAAUCUCUCACUUAAUCUGGGGUUAGAUGUGAGUGCUGAUGGUGAAAAGGAAAGAGAGAGGAUUAGAAGCUUUGAAGAGCAAGAAUUUGAAGCAUUCAAGAGAGUCAAAAGGGAGCUGUUCCGAGACGUGCCGUAUCUACUAAUUAUUGACAACCUUGAGACGGAAACAGAAUGGUGGGAAGGGAAGGAUCUAUAUGAUUUGAUUCCAAGGAACACUGGAGGGUCACAUGUGAUUAUCACAACCAGACUAUCUAAGGUGAUGAAUUUUGACAUGAUGCAGCUUCCACCAUUGCCAUUGUCAGAUGCAAUGAUCUUAAUGAGAGGACGCAGGAAAAAGGACUACCAAAGUGAGGAGCUAGAAUUUCUUCAGAAAUUUGAUGAGAAAUUGGGAAGGUUGAGCUUUGGUUUAUGGGUGGUUGGAUCACUUCUUUCAGAGCUUUCAAUUUCUCCAUCCGAACUUUUCGAAGCCAUUAAUCAAGUUCCACAUGAAGAUGGUUCUGCAUACUCCUAUAUGAACGUACAUGAUGAACAAUACUGUAAAAACAAUCCUUUCCUAAUGAAGCUUCUACGUUUUUGUCUCAACGUCCUGCAACAUACCAAUGAGACAAAGAACCUUCUUUCCUCAAGAAUGCUCCUUGUUGGUGCUUGGUUUGCUCCAGCGCCCAUUUCAGCAACUUUGCUAGCAACAGCAGCUAAAGAUAUGCCUGAUAUAGGACAUAGAUUUAAAAAAUGGACCAAAUGCUUAGGCCUUGCAUUUGCCUGCUGCUCCGGUUGUGGAUUAGAUCCCCAAAGUGAAGAAGACUCGGCCAUUCUUCUUGUUAAAUUGGGACUAGCGCGAAAAGCUAUCAGGCAACCCGGUUGCUGGAUUCAGUUCCACCCCAUAACUCAAGUGUUUGCAAGAAGAAAAGAGGGUUUAUCAGCUGCCAAGGCCACAGUGCAGGGAGUAAGAAAAAUUGGCAACCCAGUAAUCAACUCUGAUCAUUUAUGGGCUUCUGCAUUCCUAGUCUUUGGAUUCAAAUCUGAACCCCCACUUGUCCAGCUGAAGGCAGUUGAUAUUGUUUUGUACAUAAAGAAGACAGCACUCCCACUAGCAAUCAGAGCCUUCACAAUUUUCUCAAGGUGUAAUUCAGCACUGGAGCUUCUGAAAGUGUGCACUAAUGUGCUUGAAGAAGUAGAGAAGUCAUUCGUGUCACAAAUCCAGGACUGGUGCCAUGAUUCACUUUGCUGGAAGAAGAAAAUACAAGGUCAUCAAAGAGUAGAUGAAUAUGUGUGGCGUGAAGUGACUUUGUUGAAAGCUACGUUACUGGAAACCAGGGCCAAGUUGCUGCUGAGAGGCGGGCAUUUCGAUAGUGGCGAAAAAUUAUGCAGGACUUGUACAAGUAUCAGGACAGUGAUGCUUGGCCACAGCCAUGCCCAAACCUUGGCUGCACAAGAAACGCUAGCAAAGUUGGUGAGAAUGAGAAGCAAAAUAUGAUAUUCUCUUAUAGCACGAGGGAGCUCAGUUUUGUUCACAUUGUAAUAAUUUUAGUUAGAAGUAUAACCAUAAGGUUUUUCAUUAUUUAGUUUUCUUUUCCUUUGCACAUUACUACUUAAAUUUCAAAAGCAUAAACUUUAUCACCUUUCUG